CUGGAGGCGGGGCUUGGGGAGCUCGCCCCACGCGGGGCGGGGCUCCUGCAGCCGCGGGAUCUGCAGAUCCGACUCCACGCGCCACAGUCGCUGCAGUUCCCUCCACUCUGGUGGUCCUGUGUCCCUGCAGGGAGUCCGGGGGUCGGCGGGCCACUAAGCCUUGGCGCAGGGCCGGCCCCGCCUCUCCCUCCCUCGGCCAGGCCUAGACGGUCGGGGCAGCGGGGACAUGGAGCCCUCUCCUGCCCCUGGGGGCUCGGAGACCACUCGUCUGGUGAGCCCCCGGGACCGCGGCGGCACUGGCGGCAGCCUGCGUUUGAAGAGUCUCUUCACAGAGCCCCCAGAACCCCUCCCCGAGGAGUCCAAACCUGUGGCAAUGCCUUCCCACCACUGCCACAGGGACCCUCUGCCACAGCAGGGCCUCACCCCUGAGAGGCUGCAGGCGCGGAGGCAGCUGUACGCCGCCUGUGCUGUGUGCUUCGUCUUCAUGGCCGGGGAGGUGGUUGGCGGGUAUUUGGCACACAGCCUGGCUAUUAUGACCGAUGCAGCCCACUUGCUGGCAGACGUGGGCAGCAUGAUGGGCAGCCUCUUCUCCCUUUGGCUCUCUACACGUCCAGCCACCCGCACCAUGACCUUUGGCUGGCACCGCUCAGAGACUCUGGGGGCUCUGGCCUCUGUGGUUUCCCUCUGGAUGGUCACUGGCAUCCUCCUGUACCUGGCCUUCAUCCGCUUGCUGCACAGCGACUACCACAUUGAGGGGGGUGCCAUGCUGCUGACCGCUAGCAUUGCAGUCUGUGCCAAUCUGCUAAUGGCCUUUGUGCUGCACCAGGCCGGCCCCCCCCACAGCCACGGGUCUAGAGGGGCAGAGUAUGCACUGCUAGAGGAAGGGCCUGGGGAGCCCUUGCCCCUGGGGAAUACCAGUGUCCGAGCAGCCUUUGUACAUGUGCUGGGGGACCUCCUGCAGAGCCUUGGGGUGCUGGCUGCCUCCAUCCUCAUCUACUUCAAGCCUCAGUACAAGGCGGCUGACCCCAUCAGCACCUUCCUCUUCUCCAUCUGUGCCCUUGGAUCCACAGCGCCGACUCUCCGGGAUGUUCUUCGAAUCCUCAUGGAAGGUACCCCCCGCAGUGUGGGGUUUGAACCUGUGCGUGAUACAUUGCUGUCAGUGCCAGGAGUUCGGGCAACCCAUGAACUGCACCUUUGGGCCCUCACGCUCACUUACCAUGUUGCCUCUGCACACCUGGCCAUUGACUCCACUGCUGACCCUGAAGCCGUCCUGGCUGAAGCCUCAUCCCGGCUCUACUCCCGGUUUGGAUUCUCCAGCUGCACCCUGCAGGUCGAGCAGUACCAGCCAGAGAUGGCCCAGUGCCUACGCUGCCGGGAGCCCCCUCAAGCCUGAGUCAUAGCCCUACCCUCACCCCACUGCCAGGCCCAGGCUCAGCCCUGGACUCUGAGUACCUGCUUCACCGAUUAUGGAGAAGUGACAGAGCUGGGCCCAUACCCCUCCCUCUCCCCCUCUUUCCACUUGCCAGACUCCCCAGCUCCAGCCCCCGCCUCAGUGGGCAAGACCAAAGCGUGGCAGGGAGUGUGGUGGAAGUCAGGCUGAACAGAUGUGACCAGCUCAGGGGCAGGGACUCCCGGACCUCAGUGCAGUGGGUGGGUGAGGGUGGUGGGUGUGUGCGUGUGAAAGCCUGUGGUCUUUGCUCCCCACGGUCUGAGGAGCCGUGAGCCCCUUUCCGUGCAGUGCAUUCAUUUGUGUGGUAGGCUGGUGGCUGGCUGGGGGCAUCUGCCUGUCUGUGUGCUGUCAUGUGCCUAUGCCUGGGGGAGGUCAGCAGGGGUCCCCUCCCCACUUGGCUCUUGCUCUGUCUAUGCAGAGGCCCCAAUGCCCGCACUUUGUAUGUCCUGGCCCUGUGGUGUUGUCUCUGUGUGUGUGUUCUUGGUGUUGUGGCCUGUGUGUCUGUCUCUGUGCCUGUGUAGCUGUGCUAUGAUCUCUCUGAGUCUGCUCCAUCCAUGUGUCUGCUAGGGGGUCUGUCUGUCCAUCCUCUGUUGGUGCUGUACCCUCGGCUAUCCCAGAGAGAGGGAGGACUCCUCUGCAGCUCCACCAAUAAACUUAUGUCUCACUGCAU